CUCCCAAUCUCGAUUCCUCUCUGCUUCAAUAGUUGAAUUUUUUUCCCAAGAGGAAACAUUUUUGUUGACGAGAGAUACAAUUCAAUGGCAGGAAGCGAGAUUCAAGAGCCUUUUAGCCUUAGUUUCCAGGCGAAUUCUAUCCACUCAGGAUCGAUAUCGUUUGGGAGAUUCGAGAAGGAAGGUAUAUCAUGGGAAAAAAGGUCAUCUUUUUCACACAACAGGUACCUUGAAGAAGUUGACAAGUGCUCUAAACCUGGCUCUGUUACCGAGAUGAAAGCACAUUUCGAAGCUCAUUUCAAGAAGAAAGGGAUCCGAUUUCCGGCUUCUCUUGAGUCUCAGACUUGGGGAGUUCCUCAAAAACGUGAACCUGAUGAUAAUGAUGAUGAUGAUGCUGUCUAUGCAACUGAAAGUUUUGAUGGUUAUCGAUCUGAUGGGAGUUUCACGAGUAACUACAGCCAUGAAGAAGAGAAAUGUGGUCGUCAAGGAAAGAGUGAUUGUGAGUACGAUGAAGGAAGUGAUCACUGUGUGAGCUAUGAUGAGAUUGUGGUGAAUUCGGAUGAUGUGAUCGAGCUUGAUGUUCCUCUAGACAAUGAUGAAGUUUCAGUUGAGUGCACAGCUAUUAAAGAAGUUGGAUGUGAGGAUCUUGGACCCCAUGAGAUACCACUAGAGAUUGAGGUUCGAGAUUGCGAUGAGCAUAAAGAAGAAUCGAGACUUGAUCAAAAUCUUCCAGAAAAUCCAUCUGAUGUUAAGGAAAGACCUUCCUCCUCCUCUGCAUCUGGACCUAAGCCUCUUGAAAACAUUCCUCAUGCUAUGAGUGUGACUAAAGUUUCUACAAAGAGACAUGAUGUAACUCCAAAAGCUGCCUCCAGGAGGACAAAGGGUUCUCCUUUAACUUCUUAUUCUAAAAUAAAUGUAGAUGCCAAGAGCCAAAAGGAAUCAAGACCGAUGAAAACUGUUCAAUCUCAACCUCCUACGUCAAACAAAACCGAGACUCCAACUCCUCUUGCUAGAAACAGGUGCAAGGCUGGUUCUUACUCUGGUAAUGUGGAGAUGAGUGCAAGAGCUUCUGGUUUCCGUUUCAAAUGUAGCGAAAGAGCUGAGAAGAGAAAAGAGUUCUAUAUGAAACUUGAAGAAAAAAUACAUGCUAAAAAGAACGAGACAAACCAGGUUCAGGCCAAAACUCAGCAAAUGGCAGAAGCUGAGAUGAAGCAAUUUAGGAAAAGCCUCAAUUUUAAGGCAACACCAAUGCCUUCAUUCUACAACACAGAUACUAGACCUCGGUCUCAUAACAAGACCGAACCAUCUAAAGUUGCACCACCAAGACCACGACAUACGACCUCAGCCUCAGUUACAAACAGGUCGGCCACAAGAGUUGGUUAUAAAGACGGUUUUGAAGAAGGUAAAACGGUAAAGGUAAUGGUCGGUAAUAGAAAACAGAGUAAUGCUAAAGAUUCGGAUUUGCAAAAGGGUAAUCUUGUGGAGGUUGAAACAAAACAGAAAAUUGGAACUCUAAGGAGCGGGAACUAAACGUACAGAUGAUAGUUGGUAUUCUGCGGUUGGCUGCGUCGCGUUCUGUUGCGUUCAGUCAUCAUCCUCUGGCUAUUGUUUAUCGUUCUCUUAAACUGAAAGUUGUAACUCUGCUAAGUACUUAACCAAUAAGAAAACUAUGAAUAGUAUAAUUAAUAA